AUGGUUUCAUUAAAUGCUACAUCAGGGCAUACAUGCCCACCUAUGAAGCCUACAUCAAAUGGGGUGUUUCAGGGUGAUAAUCCUCUUGAUUCUGCACUCCCUUUAGCCAUUUUGCAGAUUUGUUUGGUGAUUGUGGUAACAAGGGGUCUUGCUUUUCUGUUAAGACCAUUGAGACAGCCAAGGGUGAUUGCAGAGAUUGUUACGAAAGACAACAACCGGAUACGUUAUUAUGUUGUUCACAUGAGGUUCAUUAGAAAGAUUGGCUUUGAUUCUGCAAAAGAUGAUGGAGGAGGAGUUUUACUUGGGCCAUCUGCAUUGGGUCGAAGCAAGGGAUAUUUGCAGACUGUAUUCCCAACCAAGAGUCUUUUGGUGUUAGAUACCCUUGCAAACCUUGGCCUUAUUUUCUUUUUGUUUCUUGCUGGACUAGAGUUAGAUCCUAAAUCUCUUGGUCGAACUGGAAAAAGGCCCUAG